AUAAAAUCCUUGCGCAAAAUUCUAAAACGAGUAAUAAAAAUUCAAAACUCAACAUACCGUGUAGAAGUUCUUUCAGCACGGAAGUUGCGAAAAGAAAAUAGUCUCAAAAAAUGGAUAUAGAAGUAUAUACAUACAUCAAUCAGCUGACUAAUCCAGAAACAAGGGAGAAUGCAUUGUUGGAGCUCAGUAAAAAAAGAGAAUCUGUAUCAGAUUUGGCUGUUAUGUUAUGGAACUCAUUCGGUACAAUUGCAGCACUUCUUCAGGAAAUUGUGAAUAUAUAUCCAUCAAUCACACCACCGACACUAACGGCACAGCAAUCAAAUCGUGUUUGUAAUGCCUUAGCACUAUUACAGAACGUAGCAUCACAUCCAGAAACUCGAUCGGCAUUUUUGCAAGCCCAUAUUCCACUCUUUUUAUAUCCAUUUCUUCACACAUCAUCAAAGACUAGACCAUUCGAAUAUUUAAGAUUAACAAGCUUGGGUGUUAUUGGAGCACUGGUCAAAACUGAUGAGCAGGAAGUCAUUACAUUCCUGUUGACAACAGAAAUUAUUCCGUUAUGCUUAAGAAUUAUGGAGAGUGGAUCCGAAUUAUCUAAAACCGUAGCUACCUUUAUCCUACAAAAGAUCUUACUCGAUGACAGUGGAUUAUCGUACAUUUGUCAGACUUAUGACAGGUUCUCACACGUUGCAAUUAUUCUGGGCAAAAUGGUGAUUGGAUUAGCUAAGGAACCAUCUUCGAGGCUGUUGAAACAUGUUGUCAGGUGCUAUUUGCGACUUUCGGACAAUUCUAGGGCACGAGAAGCUCUUCGCCGCUGUUUACCUGAUCAACUUCGUGAUGCAACAUUCAAUCAGUGCUUACAGGAAGAUCGUUCCACAAAGCAUUGGCUGACACUGUUAAUCAAGAACUUGGAAUCAGGAAAUAACGAUUCAAUGCAAAUAGCUCCAUUAGAGUAAAUAAGAAAGGCUGCUAAAUUUAAGGAUUUUUAAGGGCAUGCUUCUCUAAGAAUUUUACUGUUUGAGGUAAAAAAGAAUGUAGAUUUAUUAUUAUAAUUAAUAUUUUUUUUUAAUCUUAUGAGUUUGUCCAAUAUUAAUUUGUACCUCAA